GUAUUUAUCUAUCUGUGUGUGGUGUCUAUGUAUGUCUCAAUACGGGAAAGUUGUAAAUAAUUUUCAUUAAAAUUUCGACGAAGCUCCUUUCAUAGAAGCCUUAGAUAAAUAAAAAGUGACCUAAUGAUUACUAAGUGAGUUCUAAAAGUGAUAGGAAACCGUAAAUGGUGUGCCUAAUGAAACAAAAAACUAUCAUUGCGCACGAUACCCCAACGCCAUUUUGAAGCGAAAUUUUGUAUGUAAGUGCCAAGUAUUUCGCAAUAUUUUCAAUUCACACCCUUGUAAAGGGGGUGCAUGUGAUAAUUACUGAUAACAGUGGAUGUGAAACACGCCUGCGGAGGUGCCAGUAUGUGAUCAAGUGCCUUGACGGAUGCCCAGAGUCGAUAGUUACAUUGAGAUAGCGGGUGGCGCGGAGGAUGGCCCGGCCCGACGGGAGCGUUCUCAAUAACUGACGGACGCUGCCGGCUUACAGCUGGCGCAAGCAGUAGAUUAAAAUGCCACGUCCUGGCAGUCUUAAGGACCCAGACAUUGCUGAAUUAUUUAGCAGACAUGAUCCGGAGAAGAUCUUCGAAGACCUCCGUGAGAUCGGUCAUGGGUCUUUCGGAGCAGUCUACUAUGCUCGCUGCAAUCUCACUAAAGAGAUUGUGGCGAUCAAGAAAAUGUCAUAUGUGGGAAAACAGAGUGAGGAAAAAUGGCAGGAUAUUUUGAAAGAAAUAAAAUUCUUAAAACAAUUGGAACACCCAAACACCAUUGAAUACAAGGGUUGCUAUAAAAGAGAGCACACAGCAUGGCUGGUUAUGGAGUAUUGUGUUGGAUCUGCAUCGGAUAUCAUAGAGGUACACAAGCGGCCAUUACGCGAGGAGGAGAUUGCGGCGAUCUGCGAGGGCGUGGUUUGCGGGCUGUCGUACCUGCACAGCCUCGGGCGUAUCCACCGCGAUAUCAAGGCCGGCAACAUCCUGCUCACCGAGAACGGCACCGUCAAGCUCGCCGACUUUGGCAGCGCCAGCAUCAAGUGCCCCGCCAACAGCUUCGUAGGAACUCCCUACUGGAUGGCUCCUGAAGUUAUACUCGCCAUGGACGAGGGGCAGUAUGAUGGGAAGGUGGAUGUAUGGUCGUUAGGCAUCACGUGUAUCGAGCUUGCCGAGCGUAAGCCUCCUUACUUCAACAUGAACGCUAUGUCCGCCCUAUAUCAUAUCGCGCAAAACGAUUCACCCACCUUACAGUACGUAUUGCAGGCGCCAGAAUGGACGGACACAUUCCGAUACUUCGUGGAAGCGUGUCUGCAAAAGAACCCUCAGGAUCGUCCGUCGUCUACUAAGCUGCUGUCGCACCCGUUCAUCACGAGGCCAAGGUCGCCGAACGUGCUCGUGGACCUCAUACAGCGGACUAAGGCUGCUGUGCGAGACCUUGAUAACCUGAACUAUCGGAAAAUGAAGAAGAUACUGAUGGUCGACGCUGAUAACGAGAGCGCUAUUGGUGACAGUGAAGAGACAGCGGAAGAGCGGUCAGGCGGCGACAGCUCCAAGUCGAACUCCGCCACGUCCGAGCACAGCGCGGCCGGCGCCUCCAGCCAGAGCUCGUCCUCCGGCAGUCUGCGGCGGCGGCCACACCCGCAGCAGGUGAACGCGAACCAUCACGGGCAACAUCAACAGCAGCCUCUUUACACGCAUCUCAACCACCAGCACUCGUCGCACUCGGCCAGAGUUCGCAAGAGCUGGCUUUACUCAUGUUGGUGUUUCGUACGCAGAGAGAGCGAGAGCCCUCUGCCGGGCGCGCACGACGACUACGUGAACCGCGACGCCGUGCGCGACUACGCCAACCGCGACUCUCUCUGCGACGACUACGGCGACGACUACGCCAACCGCGACGCCAUCCGCGAGGCGCGCGAGCGCGAGCGAGACCGCGAGCGGGAGCGGGAGCGAGACUACCGCGAGUACGUCAACGCGCCCGCCGCCUGGCACGACGCCGGCGACGACAACCGCAACACGCAGCGUCGACAGACCACGCGCAGCAUAAGCAACAACGUGUCCGCAGCGAUGUCGUUAGUAUCGGAGCACGGUGCAAACAACUUCGCCACGAUACGAACUACCAGUAUCGUGACCAAGCAGCAGAAAGAGCACAACCAGGAGAUGCACGAGCAGAUGUCGGGCUACAAGCGCAUGCGGCGCGAGCACCAGGCGGCGCUGCUGAAGCUGGAGGAGCGCUGCAAGGCCGACGUGGACGCGCACAAGGCGCAGCUCGACCGCGAGUACGAGGCGCUGCUGCAGCAGCUGUCGCGCGAGCUCGAGCGUCUGCAGACGAAACACGCGCAAGAAUUAGAACGCAAACAAAAACAGAAUGCUGCAGCGGAGAAGAAGUUGAUCAAGGACAUAACGGCGAGGCAAGAACAAGACCGCAAGGCUUUCGAGACGCAGCGCAAGCGCGAGUACAAGGCCAACAAGGAGAGGUGGAAAAAGGAACUCAGUAUGGACGACGCCACGCCCAAGAGACAACGCGAUGCCACGCUGCAGUCUCAGAAGGACAACCUGAAGCAGGCGGAGGCCGCGGAGGAGAUGCGGCUGGUGCGGUCGCAGCGCGAGUACCUGGAGCUGGAGCUGCGCCGCUUCCGCCGCCGCCGCAUGCUGGCCGCGCAUCACAAGGAGCAGGAGCUGCUGCGGGAGGAGCUGAACAAGCGUCAGAACCAGUUGGAGCAGGCGCACGCGAUGCUGCUGCGACACCACGAGAAGACGCAGGAGCUCGAGUACCGCCAGCAGAAGGGCGUGCAUGCCCUCAGGGAUGAGCAGCUGGCGAACCAGCACUCGACGGAGCUGGCCAACCAGCGCGAGUACAUGCAGCGAGCGGAACACGAACUGCGCAAGAAACACGCGCUACAGCUCAAACAGCAGCCCAAGAGCCUCAAGCAAAAAGAGAUGCAGAUUCGCAAGCAAUUCCGUGAGACGUGCAAGAUACAAACACGCCAGUAUAAAGCGCUCAAAGCGCAGAUUCUUCAGAUGACUGCGAAGGAGCAACAGAAGGAGGUUAUAAAGACGCUGAAGGACGAGAAGCGUCGCAAGUUGGUGCUAUUAGGCGAGCAGUACGACCAGAGCAUCACCGAGAUGCUACAGAAGCAGACCGUCAGGCUAGACGAGAGUCAGAUGAUGGAGUGCCAGCAGCUGAAGAUGCAGCUGGAGCACGAGCUGGACAUGUUGACGGCCUACCAGAGCAAGAGCAAGAUGCAGGCCGACGCGCAGCGGAACCGCGAGCGGAGGGAGCUCGAGGACCGCGUGGCUGUGCGCAGGGCCCUGCUCGAGCAGAAGAUGGAGUCGGAGUGCGCGCAGUUCGUGGCGGAGCGCGCGGAGCGGACGCGGCUGCUGCACGAGAGGCACGAGCGCGAGCUCGAGCACUUCGACAACGAGAGCGCGCGCCUCGGGUUCAGCGCGAUGGCCAUCGCGGAGGGCAGCCGGGAGGGCUACGGCGAGGAGGAGCAGUCGCUGUCGGGCUCGAUGCUGUCGCUGGCGCACAGCAACUCGUCGGCGAGCUUCGCGGCCGGCUCGCUGUAGCCGCCCGCCCUCUAAUGCUGUUGCCAAACCGCCGCCAUACAUUACUGUUACUCGCUUAUAGACGCGAUAGGUGUACGCUUCAGUAGAUCAUUGCUUGUUCGUAUUCGUGAUGAGAACUCUUUUGUAUAAUAUUAUAUGACGGCGGCGUCGCGGUAGUGGACCGCCAGGCUGCCGGCCGCCGUGAUAAGGCCGCAGCCCGGGUCCACGUCGGCGGCGGCCACCCUCGCGCGACUACCGAGCGUUACGAGACGCUCACAAAAUCUUGUGGACCCCGAGUAUAAUUAAGUAUUGUAAAUUAUUCAUCGCGAAUUUUGGAAGUGUCAUACACUCGUUGCGCUCUCUAGUAUUCGAAGCGUGUUACAUACGAUCGAUUGUUGUUAUUAACGUUAGCAAUGUUCACGGGCUACCUCAUUAGACUUGUUACGAAACAAAUUAUAUGUGUUGGUUGAUUGAAUCGUGUGAAUAUUUUGUGGUCCGCAGAAGUAUUAUUCCGAGUAUUGGGCAUGGUGCAAUGUUUUGGCAGCAGCAUUAAACUCCACGUCCCAUUCUAUUUACUGAGACUGUCUGCCCUCCCGCGGUAUGGAAAUUCAUGUUAAUUGGCAACAUGACGUUACCUAAUAUACUGUUGGACACUGAUAAUAUUAGCCUAAUUUUUUUAUAAUUUUUUGUUGUCUUCCAAAGUGAAAAGUUAUUAAGGCCGUUUGGCAAAUGGUUCGGGAGGGCAUUUCCUAUUUUAUUACACUAUUAAGUUUAUUGCACUCCAUAAUUAAAUACUUAUAUCUCUUAGCUACAGGCGAGUCGAGGAUUAAACAAACAAAAGCAGCAUCCGAUAUUGUAACAGGUUACUGUCGCUCACUGCAUCGGGUGGGACCCGGAUGUUUAUGUAUCUGUCUAAUCGUAGACUAUGUACGGUAUAUCGUUUAGUCAUAAUAGCAAUACUAUAAUUUAGGUGAGUUAAAUAAAUUAAGUACUUCGUACUAAAGAAAAAGAUUGAAGCCAAUUCAUAAUGAUAUGUACAUGUAAAGAAUCCGGGUCCUAAUAACAUACCACACAAAUUAAUUGUUCGUCGACCCAAUUGUAAAUGCAUCGCCAUGUUUCUGGUAUUUUGAAAUCACAAUCAAUAAAAAAAGCAUCUUUGUUUGUAAAUACAUAAUAUUAUGUACCCUUGGUUUUAUAUUAGAUACGACGGAUCACUAUUGAAGUGUAACAUUAUUUUUACAUAACUUUAAAAUAUUUAUAUUAAAAUCAUGGAUGUUUUAACCAUCAAUCGAAUAAUGUGCCUAAAUCUACAUAAGUGUUUUUUUAUCAAAAUAUCGGAAACAUGUGGAUACAUGAAGUGAAACUGUAAUAGUAACAAAGAGGUUAUACGCGAGUCUGUCUGCAUAUGUCUGAGGUUAUUUAAAUGAUGCAUCGAUGUGAGAAUGUGACGCUUUUUUCUAUUAGAAAUUUACUCACGGUACGACACUGUUCCGUUGGCUUGCCAGCCGCCACGGCGUUAGAUAACAAAAAUAUUAGUUGUAUAUCUGAAAAGAAGAUAGCAAUACAUGGUCGAAAGAAUCGCACUACGCUCCUAACGUUGUGAUCACACGAUAAUAUUAAAAAUUGUAUUAAAAAAAGAUUAAACUUAAUUUAAUUCCCGUCUGAAUAUUCGAUCUCUUAGACAUAAGAAAUUUUAUCAUCUCUAGAAUAUGAUUAGACCGUCCAUCGUUGACCUGAAGCUCACGUGCGCGAUGCGUACAGCGUACGUUGCGCACCAGAGGAACAACGGAACAGUGUCCAGUAGAGGGCAUGAUUACAUUUUAAACUCUAGUAUUCGUGAUCCAGUCUUGUAUAAAUUUGUAGUUUUACAUAAGUUUCCACAGUGGUUCUAGCUGAUAUUUCGUCUUGAUGCUCUAAUAAAACAAGAUUGAAAAUGUUGAUAACGGAAUACCACGAACACGUCAAAUGAUGAAGGUAAACUUUGCAGUGAAACCAAGGAAUGUUGAUCCUCAAAGUGUACGCUUAACAAGUUUGACAAAAGGCAUUAAUUAGAUAAAGUAGUCAGUGAGACACCAGCCGCGCGCAGCCCCGCCCCGCCACUGUUUACAGAGAAUGUUAUUAUUUACAACAUUAGAUAGUCCAAAUUCUAAUAUUCAUAUCAUUAGUUUUUACUUUAGGAACUUUUGCAUGUUUGUGUAAACUGAAAUUAUUUGAAACACGGACUGACGGUAUUUGUUUAUUGGCCUAGAAUUGAGUUUAUUAAAUGUUACUAGGAUUUUUUAUGGUAAACAGUAUGUUUAUUUUAGAUAUUUUUAGAAGUUAAAAGGAAGUUGUACGAACGCUUUACUAAAUCAUAAUAUCAACGCGCAGGCGGUGCUUGCCGCUGCGCGUUGUGUAAAUGUAUAGAGUAUAUAUUAUGUAUUAUUGUGAAUAUGUAUUACGAGCACACGGUUUGCCUUAAGGGCGGAGGGGCGCGUUGGAUCUGGCGUUAUGUAUAUAAAGAACAAUAAUAUAUAAUUAAAAUAUUAUAAAUAAUUUGUUACUUUUGUAAGGUGCGAGUGCGGUUUUGUGUACAUUGGAAGUGCGACGCGGCGGACCCCGUGCGGGGCCCGACUAUGUGCUAUUUUCUUUAUUUAGUGUCCUAAUACCCUAUCGUAUUGUGUACUAAGCUUAUCAGUCAAAUAUGUAUAGCAAAUGUAUUAUUUAAUUUAAAAUGGAUUAUAGUCAUAAAUACCCAAAUUUAGUUAAUACUAUUUUUAAAGUAUUUUGUAUUAUUUUUAUUAAUAUUCUUUUCCUAAAGCAUCACAUGAUGUGAUCGUAUUAUUUGAGUUGUUGGAGGUUUCUAAACAGAUUUUAAGUAUCGAAGCCUAAGUGAAUUAGGUAUAAAAUUAUAUACAAAGCGUUUGACAAAAGUUAGCUGUUUACACGUGAGUCUUUACACAACGCUAUUUACUUAACAUAAUAUUAUAAAAUUUGCUUCAAUUUCUUAAUUAAUGCCAGAAACUGGUAAAUGGCACUGUGAAUCGAUCUCACGAUAUUCGUAGACUCCGCCCUUCCCCUCCAAAUCUGACCAAAUAUAUGACAAUAAUCUCUAGACACAGCCUAACUUGACUCGUCACCCUGUCUCUGUACAUAAUUAAGACUGCGAGCGCGCGGAGUGGACCUAAAAGUUGGAAUUACGGCGCUCUAUCUAACUGACUGCACUGAAAUUGGUUUGCACUUUAUUCUCUUAUAAAAAUAAUACUCAAUACCACCUAAAUAAGUAAUACUAUUUCUGCUAAAUUAUCUAAUUCUUCAACAGAGUAGUAAAUAACAAACAAUCGCUUAUCCUGGGUUGCGUUAUCAACCGGCUAUCUUAGUGUCAUUAUAUUUAUGACAAAAUAAUGCCGGUACUAUUCCGCUUAGUUACGUCCACUGUCGAACUCCGCCGAUUUCGCAACUAAUCAGGAAACGAAGCACUAUGGAAUUGAAUUGUAUGCUGUAACUUCGCUUGCGUGCAAUAGAUGGUCGGUACUUAACGUUAGGCGCGUAGUUUUUGCUCGCUGACAUAGUCCCUUGCCUCGGCCGAGGAGCAGAGCGGACAGCGGUGUCGCGGAGGCGAGGCCGCGGCUGGCUCUGCCCUGGCGGCGGCUCGGGUAUAGUGCGUAGGCGCGUCUUUUCCUAUUCCAACCUCCCACCACUUAGCUGUUCUAGAGUUAGAUGUUAUCAGUUAUCUGUCACCUUACAACGGUCACGAUCUACAGAAUUAUUAUUAUGAGAUAGAAGUACCAAACUCGUAGUUAGCGGUCACAUAUUUUGUAAAUUGUAACUAUACAAUUUUUAUAUUUUACCAUUGUAUAGUCUUUUAUCACAGAUAGGUAGUUAGCAAUAUUGUGACCGAUGUGACAAGGUGCGCACGCGGCCGCGGGUUAUUCAUUAUUAUAGUUUGCGAUUGUUUGCGGCUCGCUCGGUGCACCGUUGUUUUCUUUUUAUUUUUUGUUACAUAAUAUUUAACAAUGAAUUUCUAGAUUCUAACUAUUAUCACUAAUAAUACUGUAAUAUAAUCUGGUUCAUGAAAAAUCAAACCGAAAUAAAUUAAAUGGAAAGAAAAUCAA